UCCUCAUAUUGAGGUAAAUAAAAACGAAUGUACAUAGGAGCAGUAGUAAGGUGGAAAGCUGCGAGAGGGUAGCAGUAGUAGUAGUAGUAGUAGUAGUAGUAGUAGUGGUAGUAGUAGUGGUGGUGGUGGUAGUAGUAGUAGUAGUAGUAGUGGUGGUGGUAGUAGUAAUAGUAGUAGUAGUAGCAGUAGUGGUGGUGGUGGUAGUAGUAGUAGUAGUAGUAAUAGUAGUAGUAGUAGUAGUAGUAGUACUAGAAGUAGUAGUAGUAGUAGUAGUAGUAGUAGUAGUGGCAGUAGUAGUAGUAGUAGCAGUAGUACUAGUAGUAGUAGUAGUAGUAAUAGUAGUAGUAGUAGUAAUAGCAGUAGUAGUAAUAGUAGUAGCAGUAGCAGUAGUAGUAAUAGUCGUAGUGGUAGUAGUAGUAGUAGUAGCAGUGGUAGUAGUAGUAGUAGUAGUAGUAGUAGUAGUAGUACUGUGGUGAGAUGCUUGUGUUAGAGAAGGACCUGUCAACAUUACAGGUCUCCAGAAUAAUGUUUCCAAAAUGUUACAAAAGUAUCUCAUUCUUCCAAGUGUCGGCUUUCUAAACUACUUAUAUCUGUUGCAUCGCCCCAGACUGAGGAUCACCUUGUAAUGGCGUCGUACAGGUGAACUUUUACCCCAGCUUGUGUUGCCAGUCAGUGGGUGUCUCUCAGUGUGUAAAGUCUGCCGCUCUGGCUGCUAGUGGUUGCCGUUACGUGCUAGUUUACUAAACUGUCAACAUAAUAUGGAAAACUCUAAACCUGUAGUGGCUAAGUAGCCCCUAGGAAAUGGGAGGAAAUGAGUAAAAUUAACAUCCUUUUGUUAGUACACGACUGAAAAAGAGAGCAAAUUACAGAACGUGAAGGAUUUCAAAGAAAAGAAUAAAGCAAAGUUUUCAACAAUGGAUUUCGAAGCCAUCAGUGACGCUGUAGGCCAUUUUGGCAGAUACCAGAAAUACGUGUUUGGUUUAGCCAGUAUUGGGCUCUUCAUUACAUCCAUGUCAGCGGUCUCCAUGACAUUUCUCGCCAAUCCUGUCAAAUACAGAUGUGUGGUGCCAAACUGUGAUGACAACAGUAGCCAUUACGAGGAGAUCUUCACAGAGUGGGCCAUCCCAGAGGGUGACCAGUGUCAUGUCUGGACACUCAAGGACAACAUUACUGACCAAUGUCAACCAGAUGUAUUUUCUAACUCAACUACAUCUUGCUCACAGUGGGUUUAUGAUACAUCAUUGUUCUCUGCAACUACUGUCACUCAGUUUGACUUAACCUGUGACAAAGCUUGGCUUCGUCCAUUUGCUGGUUCAAUGUACAUGACUGGAAUGUUAGUGGGAGCCAUUGUUAUUGGUGAUUUAGCUGAUCGCUUCGGAAGAAAAAAGGCAAUCUUGACUUCUGUGCUUCUACUUGGUACUGGUGGGGUUAUAAGCGCAGUGUCUAGUAACUACUAUGUAUUCCUGUUGAUGAGUUUCUUCACCGGUGUUGGAGGUAAUGGUCUCCAUAUAAUCUCAUUCAUCUUGAUUGUGGAGUUUAUUGGUGUUAAAUGGCGCACAUUUUGUGGAAUCAAUAUUCAGAUAUCAUAUGCACUUGGUGAAGCGAUGACUGGAGUGUUGGCUAUCUUCAUCAGGGACUGGCGAUGGCUGCAAGUUGCUAUCACUGCUCCUGCUUUCUUGCUUACAUCUUAUGCUUGGUUAAUGCCAGAGAGUGUACGAUGGCUGGUCGCUGAGGGUCGUUAUGAUGAAGCCAAGAACAUUAUACAGAGAGUUGCUCGAGUCAAUAAUGUUGAGCUACUAAAACAUCUGAUGGACGUUCGCAAUGAGGAGUUUCGUCCAGAUGAUGGAACUCUCUCGGAAUCCAAUAAUAAAAUUGAACUUGUGAAUGAAACUAGACAAGAAGAAAAGAUCAAGAAGACUGUUAUUGACCUCUUGAGAACUCCUGUUAUGAGAAUGAGAUCAUUCAACAUGUUUUUCUGUUGGACUGUCUGCACUCUGCUAUACUAUGGACUAUCCUACAACUCUAACAGUUUGGCUGGCAAUAUCUUUGUAAAUUUCAUCGCCACGAUGUUGGUCGAGGUCCCAUCAUACAUCUUCACCUACCUGGUUCUUGACAGACUGGGUAGGAAGGCAUCGCUGUCAUUCGUGUUUUUACUGGGUGGUGUCGCAUGCUUCAUAUCCGGAUUUAUCCCUGAAGGCAAUUACUGGUUGGUGGUUGUUCCGAGCUUGUUGGGUAAGUUUGGAAUCUCAGCAGCAUUUGCCAUCGUCUUCAUCUACUCUGCCGAGAUCUUCCCAACUGAGUACCGCAGUGUGGCACUUGGUGCUUGUUCCAUGUGUUCUCGUCUUGGUGGUAUUCUCGCACCAUUCAUUGCUUCUCUAGCUGAUACAUACAAGCCAUUACCACUACUUAUAUUUGGUGUGUUGUCACUAGUCUCUGGUUGUCUUACUGUCUUCCUGCCUGAGACUGUUGGCUGUGAAUUACCACAAACUAUACAAGACUGUGAAGCUUUUGGCAGUGACCAGUCUAUAUGGUACUUCACCUGUUUUUCCAGUUGCCAAAAGAAGUCUACAGGUGAAGAAAAUACUGCUGCAGAGGGUGUUUGAAUACAAGAAACAUGAGCCUAGCGAACUAGGCUUGCUUGAUGCUCACCUAAUUCACUACGCUCGUGUUGUUUAUAGAGUUACAUAGUCCAGUGGAUUAGAGCAUCUUGAAUUUUGACUGGCUUCCCACGAGGCAGGCUAAAACAACGUUGGUUCGAUCCCCCGUCUAGCCACAGUGUGAUAUCAAUAUCUGGUUCUUGGAUGACGGUACCCUAGCUGGCAUUAAAGAAUCUCUCCUAGAGGACAUCAGAAAAAUUAAAGACAUGGGAGAAAGCCUGGGCCUAUUUUUAAACCCCACCAAAUGUGAAAUAGUUUCUACCAGUCGACAGAUGAUCCAGAAUAUUAGUGUUGUUCUACCAGGAGCACGAACCAUUGAUCCAGCCAACAGCACUCUCCUUGGUGCUCCUCUUGGGCCCAAUGCCGUCGAUUUGAUCUUAGAAAAAAAUCUAGUACAGUACUGGCCUACAAACAGUCAAGUUGGGAUGGCUGAUCGCUGAAACGGUGCCUGCCAACAUGCUUAGGUCUGUAACAUGAGACUGCCAGUCUCCAAGCUGCGAGCACACUUCACUCUGGGGACUUCCUCCAAACAGUUCUCACUUCGGCAAUGGGAACAUGUCUCGACCUUAAGACCCUUCGUAUUGCAGUGGCUCUCCGCCUCGCUACCCCAAUUCACACGAAAUAUACGUGUAUUUGCAGCAAUGUGCAAGCCGACCAAUAUGGUCUGCAUGGUAUUAACUGCUCCAAAACCAAGGGAUGGCACGCAAGACACAAUGAAGUCAACGACAUCAUAAAGAGAAACCUUACUACAGCUGGAUAACCAGCCGAGAGCCAUGACCACUAGCAGCCAUCAAUACUCACAACCCAGCAAACAGCUCUGACGAGAUCACUAUCUAUCCUUGGAAGAAUGGUAAACUCUUAAACAUGGGAUUAUACCUGUGUGUCGACGCUGCUUGACACCUACAUCCAUCACAGUGUCGAGCGACAGAAUGGAGCUACUAAUGACAGGGAGGAGUACAAGAUCGGCAACUAGAGAGGCAUAAGCCAAUUUCAUGUUCCAGCGCCUUAGCGUGGCCAUCCAGUGGGGAAAUGCUUGCUGGAUACUAAGCUCAUGUCCGGCUUCGGAGGAACUGGAGGAGAUUCAUAAUCUUAGAUAUAUAGUACCAAUGUAUUCAUUUUUUUUUGGGGGGGGGGGGAAUGUAUUCUGUCUAUAUAUAAAGUUCACAUAGAGUAUAGAAUACAGGGAAAGGUGGGAGAAGAAAAUAUUGAAACAGCUCCAUGGAGAACUUUAAGUUUUACCUGAAGUACGUUUAUUCUCUUCUCUAAAGAUGAGGGUCCCCAGUACAGUUCUAGAGGUGAUAC